UCAAAACAAAACUCGAGGAUACCCUGCGUGGGAUCAGGGGAGCGUGGCCUCCAGGAACGAGAUUCUCACCGGGUGUCCAAAAAUGGAGGACAGCGAAAGCAGGAAGCCUUUGCACGAUGAUGAUAUUGUCAGUCCUGAUAGGCAGACAGAUGUUGAAAACAAAGAAAUAUCAUCAUCGAACGAAAGAACAUGCAAAGUAUACAAAAGGCGAUGGUAUGUGCUGUUCGUGUUCACGGUAACCUCGAUGGUAUCGAACAUGAUGUGGAACACUUGGGGUCCUAUCCAAAGAUCAUGUCGGCUUGUGUUCGGUUGGGAAAAAUGGACAGUUCUCUUGCUGUCAUCGCUGGGAGCGAUCGGUCCUAUCAUGGGUGCUUUCCCUUCAACGUGGCUGAUGGAUACGAAAGGUAUUUUGCUCCAUAAAUAACAUGCAUUUAAAAAAUUCAAUAGAAGAAAACCUUCAUAUUUAUUCAUUUUGAUCAGAUGAGGAUUUUAUUGAUUCUCAACCCUGGGCUCCAAGUCAUCCAUGUAUUCAUUGACAUUUUCUGUACAAAAGAACCUAAUUGGACUAAUGUUGAAUGAGAAGUUGACAGGCUUAAAAAAAAGGGGGCCUAGACCAUUUCAGGUCCUCUCUCUCAACUCUCCACAAAUUAUUUUCAUUGUAGAAAAUUUGUCCCUUUACCUUAAGUGUUACAUUUAUUUUUUAGCAGUUCUUAAACCCUUUACACCCUAACAUCAGUAUACAUAUUCUCCUUACUUUUCUAUAUACAUUUCUUAAGGUGCUGACAAUGAGAAUGUGUUUUAUUUUAUAUACCCUUGCGAAAUGGCACUUGGAAUUCCUAGGAAUUCCUAGGAAUAAAGGUGUGAAUUUUCACGGUAAAUUCGGACUGGGAAUUCCUAGGAAUUCCUAGGAAUUCCUAGGAAUUCCCAACCAUAACAACUCUGGUUCUAAAACCUAGAAAUUCCUAGAAAUUCCCAGAAAUUCCCAGAAAUUAAAUUCCCAGAAAUUCCCAGAAAUUCCCAGAAAUUCCCAGAGAUUCCAAGUUUAUAGCCAACAGGACUUGAAUUCCUAGGAAUUCUAGAAUUCCAACUCAGAGAACCAAUGACUUUCCCUGAAAAGUUGUAAAUCUAAAAAAUUCCUAGGAAUUUCUGGGAAUUUCUGGGAACUUCUGGGAAUUUUUAGGAAUGUUUAAGAAUUACUGGGAAUUUUAAGCAAAAAUUUGAGGCUAAUGAUAUAAAAUAAAUACUUUAAAUUAAAAAAAACCCAGCUAAAAUUCAAGUAUUCAAUGAAAUUUAUUUAGAAGCUUAAUUAAGGCUUACAUGUAAAAUAUUUUUUUUGAUUAAUUACUAACAUCAAUGUGUGGUAAUAUUAGGAUGGAAUUUGAUUUAUUUUUCUUUCCUUGAAAACUUCAUACGGAUUAAUCCUCAAUUACAGCUAUUCAUAUAAAAUAGUUCUAAUCAAUCAUUAAAUUUGGUUUGACACAAAUUGUGAAUAAAAUCUGUUGAUUCUCUUCCAUAAAAUACAAUAUCUUAAGUUCUAUUUAUAUAGUUAUAUUCUUGGGAGUGAAGGGGCUAAUUACAGACAAAUAAAAUUGAUUUUUUUGAUUAAAAUCUUGUUGUAACUGUAACAAUAAAUUAGAAUGAAGUUAUCCUAAACUGCAAACUUAGCUGCUGUUUGUACUGUUUGUAUUUUUUUUUUUUUCCUGGGCUCACGAUGAGUUGGCCUUGAAUGAGGUUGUCAACAAGAACCUUGACCAUUUUGUAUCUGGAUUCCUUGACAUCUGAAUUUGAAAAAAAAAAUAUAUAUUAAAAUAUGUAUGUUUAAAGCUCAGACCAGGCUUUUAAGAUGGCUAUGAGGAAAAGGGCAUUCAUUGGAUUCUCAAAUUGAGAAAUCUCUGUUAUAUUGAGUGACUUUUAUAUUGGAGUUAGUACAUCUCUCUCAUGGAUUUUACUAAAAAAGGGCUGAAUACAUUAUUUUGUUUUUACCAAGGAGGGCUUCUUUAUGUACUAAGGUUUGUUAUGAAUCUUGAAUGUUCCCAAACGUGACUAGAGGAAUCUUGAAACCUUGCUGAUAGGUUUAUUUCAUUGUAAAGCAUAAGCUUAAGAAACUGCGGCAUGCAAGUGACCGAUUCGAUUCUCAGAAUUAUUCUAGUUUCAGUUGCGCCGAGCGUUAUGUAAGUUUAAUUCAACCCGCUACAUCUAUUAUUUUAUAAGAUUUUGAUCUCGUAACGAAUAUCGCAAUUUUACUCACCACAAACUUUCAAAAUCGUAGCUUUACAGAUGGCCACUCGACCCUUGUUUGUACCAGUCCAUAUGUCAACUGUUGUCCCUUCUUUUAACUCCACGGCGCCAACGACUUUCUUCUCUUUUACAACACUCACGCUAUUCUCGUUUUCCCAUUGAACCACAAUAAUAGCUAUCUUUAGAAAUGUUAUAUUAAGCAAAACAGUUGAGAAAAGCGAUCAACCGACGAAAAGUACAUUCAAAGAUGAGCGCCAAAUGGAGUCUUCUUUGUUUCCGAUCACGGGCAUGAUCACGUGGAUCUUUUAGACUUGUCAUUGGCUAGCAAAGUGAAUCCGCUGGCUUGCCGAUUGCAGUGUUAAGAUAAGCGCACAACUUUAUUCUGACUUCUCCGACCGGUUCUCUGCUUCUAGAAGAUGGAUAGCUUGGUGAUAUAAAUAAAGAUGUGAGCUCACUCUAUGUAGAAAUAAUCGACAAGAAUCGAUCGUAUUACAAAUGCACGAUUUGUGGCCGAAAGUUGUCGAGGAAACAAAGACUCGAAACUCACUUGAGUUGUGUUAAUGGCAAAGGUGAGAAAUAACACAAGCUAAUCACAGUUUUGAAUGCGACUACAAAUCGUCUUUUACCCUCAUAUUUAUAAAAGAAGGAUAACACAUUCGGAAGUAUAAGAGAUACAUAGAUGAUCCCAGUGUAUCAGUACCUAAAUCUACAAAGCUUGACCGUAGCAAGCGUUCAGCAACACGUUCCAACACCGCCAUCUCGAUUCCUCAGUCAGUCGUUUCCACUGAACUUAAAGCAGUAUUGACAACAGAGUAGAGUGCGUCUUACAAAGGAGAAACAUUUGUACAAGAGACAGGAGUAGCUAUAUGCGAUUACAGAGGUGCGUUGGAACUCUGGUCCAUAAAUAGUUAUGCACUGUAUAAAACAAUUUUGUUGAUAGCUGACAGACAGAGAAGAACAACAAGUAAACUUAAGAGCUGUUAUUAUUGAAGUGUGACUAGCACUUUUCAUUUUUAUAUAAAGAAGGACUUGUAAUUUGCACCAAAAAUAAAAAGAUGUAAUAUUUUUUUGGGAGAUCCAGUGAUUGGGACAUUUAAGAAAUUAAGUUAUGAAAGGAAACUUGGUUGGUACUUCUCACUACUAACAAGUCUUGUUGACAAAUAUUUUCAGAUCAGAGUUUCAAAUAAAGUAAAUUGAAGACGUCAUAUAAAAGGUGUUUUUCCUCAAAGGGAACAUUGACUACCUCUGUCUUGUCUGCAUGCCAAAUGUUUGCAAAGUGUGUGGAUGAUCCACAAGUAUUGGAACUCUUACAAAAAUGUUUUGUAAGAAUAAAAACAGCAAAACAAAUUACAGCAAUUAGUCAUGAAAAUAGAGCAAAAAACUGAAAAAAAGCAGCAACAACAAUCAUGAAAAAAGAAAGAUUAAUUAGGUGUUGAAUUUGUUUGUCUAAGGCAUGAAAUUUCUACUAAAAGUAUUGUCAACAAAAAGUCUCUGACAGCGUUUGAGGCAACUGAGCUUGACUGUUCCAAGGUUUUCUAACAAAGGCAACCAGUAAUGUAGGUUAGGGAAGUAAGAUAACAAUGUAAUUAUUGUUAAUUAUUGUGGAAGUUGGCAAUUUCCAUUUAACAUAACUGACAGCUGGUUCAUGAGAAAAUCCAUAUUAAUGUAAAGAUUUACUAAAACUUAGUUUGAGUAAUAAAUUUCAUGAUCUUUAAGUUGUAAACAUGUACAUGUAUGUAUAUCUCUUGGUACGUUUUGUAUAGCAUACCUUUUAUUGAGCCAAAGUUUUAAGCCUCUGAAAUUACUCUUUUUCUUAAAACGUUCACAUUCAAGGUAUUGAGAAUUUCUUAGAAUUUAUGUGGACCUCAGGGUAUUAAAAUUGCUUCAAAUUCAAUUCCCAGAAAUUCCCAAGAGUUCCACACUUCUUAAAUUAUAGGUAGUUUGUAAAGCUGAGAAUUCCUAGGAAUUCCAAGGGAUUCCAAGUCCUCACAAAACUGGAGUCUUCCUUUCCCAGAAAUUCCCAGUAAUUCCAAGCUUUUUAAAUCAGAGUUAAUUUGCAUAGUUGGGAAUUUUUGAGAAUUCCUAGGAAUUCCCAGAAAUUCCCAGAAAACUGGGAAUUCAGUUUGCAAGGGUCAUUUGCAUAAUUGGGAAUUUUUGAGAAUUCCUAGGAAUUCCUAGGAAUUCCUAGGAAUUCCUAGGAAUUCCCAGAAAACUGGGAAUUCAGUUCGCAAGGGUAAUAAGCUCAGUUAUGCAUGCAUUCUGAUUGGUUCUCACUUAUGAUCUAUUGGAGGACAGAUUUAUAGAUGACAUCAUCAUUGAAACUUUUUUUUAAUUCUUUAUUAUAUAAUAAAAAUAGAUUCCAAGUUGCCAUGUGUCUGUUCAGUAUUAGAUCACAGAGGACGUCAAAAUGUGGUAAGAACAUCAGUGACACACUCGGCUGUGCCUCGUGUGCCACUUUUUUGUUCUUACCACAUUUUGGCGUCAUCUGUGAUCUAUUACUGAAGAGAUGCACGGCAACUUGGAAUCUAUUUGUUAAAUAGAGAGCUUCUUUAGUUGGUGAUCAAUUUUCCUUAUAUUCUUGUGACCUUAAUGUAUGAUUAGGGGGUGAUAAUAUUAAAAGGAGAAAUUAGGUGCCAGUCACUCUAAGUCAGGUCAAAGGGUUGAGCCUUGCAAGAAGCACAUUCCUCCAAAUGGAUUUCUGUUAAUUCAUGAUUUUAUUAAAUUUGACUGUUAUUAUGUCUUCCUUCUUUGCAGGUUUAAGGUUAUCUGUUCAGGUCACAUCUACAAUGCUUCUGGUUGGCAAAGUAAUUCAAGUGAUUCCUUUUCGUGACCUCACAGUAAGAACUGUUGUAAUUUUCAUUGGCCAUCUUAUAGCAAUGCUGCCAAGCUUUAUACCAAAUGGAGCCCCACCCUUGGUGUCAACAACUUGGUUUCCUCCAAGUGAACGCACAACUGCUACAGCCAUUGGUACCCUGGCCGCUAAUUUUGGAGCUGCCCUGGCUUUCUUUAUUGGACCCACAAUGAUACCUGAGACAAAUGAUACCUUUGAGGGUAACAAGUAUAAUUUGACAGACAAGGAUGUUAAGUUCAUUGAGGGCAGACUCAUGGAUUACUUCUAUGUACAGAUUGGAAUUGCAGCAUUUCUUUUUUUGUGUGUUACCAUCUAUUUUCCUUCUAAGCCACCUCUUCCUCCGAGUAUAACACAAUUAACAAGAAAACAAACCAAAAUUGGAUAUGUAGAAGGAAUUAAAAUGCUGAUAACCAAUUGGUCCUAUUGGUUGUUGAUCUUUGUUUUUGCAGCAUCAUUUGGCAUCUAUUUUGGUUGGUCAUCAGUUUUAGACCUUGCUGUUCAGCCUUUUAAAAUUGAUGAGAAAACUUCUGGAUUGCUGGGAACUGGUGGAAGUUUAGCUGGAAUUGUUUCUGGAAUUAUUAUUGCAAGGUAAAAACCUUGUUUUUGUAAGGUUAUAUUUUAUUAUUUACAGGUUAUUCUGGUUCUGCUAUUUGCUAAUCUCAAUCCUUUCAACCUUACCACACCACAUUCACUGUUACAUGUUUCCUUGUACUGCAUUUUCCACAAACUACAAAGAUUGUCCAUGUCACUGUGCAUUUUCUUUCUCAACAUGUAAACAAAAAGACACAUUUCAGGAAAAGCCCUUAUAACCUGUUAAAACACUACAUUAUGACAUUAUGAGUUGAGCAUAUAACAAAAUUUACAUUCCAUGCUGCCAUGCAUCCUCUCAGUAAGAGACUUGCAUUAGACUAGGUUCAAAUACCAUAUGGUAAGGGAUAGAACCAGUAGCAAGUGUGAUCGGGGUGGGAAGGGGUGGAAGGCCGGUAGAGUAAAAGCAAAAAAAAAGUCCUAGUAAAUUUUGAAGAAAUAUUUUUAAUCUUAGGUAGAUAAAGGAAAGAAAUCUUGCACUCCCUUGAAGAUUUUCACCCCUUAUCACUUUUUUAAUGGUACAACAGGAGGGUUGGAAUCUCUUUAUGUUUAACCCUCUAACUCCAAGGUCUGAUUGUUAAUUCUCCCCUCUUGCUGCUACACAAUUCCCUGUGAAUUAGUUACAAGAAUAUGGUGUAGGAUCAAGAUAAAAACUUCUUCCUGAUGAGUUUUAGUAUUCUCAUUAACUGUUUGCUAGAAUACACAUGGAUAUCAUAGGGAGAAGUUACAUGUUAAUCACUUCUGGGAGUUAACCCAAAGGUUUAUAUUGCUUAUAAUUAUAUGGCAAGAGAGUCCUGAGGUGAAUCUGAACAUUCUGAUUGGUUUUUACUCGGUUGGGAUUUUUUCAUUGGGACCAAAUAUAAGCCAGGAAACAGUCAUAAGCCUUCUACAUUUGUUGAUAAAAGCCAGAAAAUUCAAAAGAAACAAGUUUGCUACUCAUGUCAUAUAAUUAGAUACUUCCUUUAAUCUUGUUUGCUCUAGCUGUACAUGGUAAUAUUGGCCCUUGGUCAUUUUUGUACGGCUCUUGGGUAGUAACUAAGUCGGUAACAAAGAAGUUAAUUAUUACAAUUGGUUAUCUUUUGUCACAAGUCUCUUUCCUUUGUUGUCAGGUCAGCAGAUAUCAUAAAGCGGUGGACUAAGGAAAUCCUUGUGGGUCUUUUCACUGGCACUACUAUAAUGCAGCUGAUCUUCACUCUGACCUGUUCUCAAAUCUUGCCCUUUUCCCAGGAGCUUUUAUUUGCUUCAAUUAUCUGCAGUGGGUUGUUUUUUAACUGCACAAUUCCACUUCUGUUUGAGCUUAUUAUGGAGUGUGUUUACCCUGUGGGGGAGGGGACAUCUGCCGGCAUAGGCCUUGUUCUGGCUAAUACAGUGAUAUUUGUGUUUGAUGCAGCCUUCAUGUUUCCCAUGUCUAAUGUCCAAUGGAUGAACUGGGUUAGUGUAGGUGGCAUUGCAGUUUGUGUUCCUCUGCUUCUAGCAUAUAAGAGUCAAUAUCGAAGGCUUGAUGUGGACACUGAUUGAAUGAACCACCACCACCAUCCUAAACUAUAAUCAGUUCCUCCUUUUUGGGAAAUCCGUUGUGCAAAUAAUUGAUGUUGGGACAGCACUUGGAACUUUGGAAGUGAGGUGCAUGCCUUAAAUUUUUUUCUUUUUUUUUUUUCUUUUACCAUAAAGAAGGGAAAAAGAAGGAUUGCUCAUAGUCUACUGUCUUCCACUCAGAAGCUGCUUGAUCAUUUUUGAGUGGUUAAAAGUAUUUAUAUACAUUACAAUAUAUUUCUCAAUAUUUGAUAAAGAUCUUAGGGUGGAAAAGUUGAAAAUUUAGUUUUCACAUAGAACAACUUGGUAGAGUCAACCCAUGGGAAAAAAUUUAAAAUUUUUUUCUUUUGGGUCACUAAGACGUAUGAUGGAAGGUGCAAAGUACCCAGAGAUUUGGUUGAUAUUUUUAGGAAUAUUUUUAGUUUUUGAUACUUACUAAGUACAAGUGAAUUUGAAAACAAAUAUGUAUUUGUAUAUUAAUACAUAUUUUUCUAUAUUUCACGAAUACCUUAGGUUGAAAAGUUGUAAAUUGAGUUUCUACAUAAAACGACUUGGUAGAGUUAAUCUAUGGGCAAGUAUUUUGAUUUUUUUUCUUUUUUGGUCACUUAAAUGCAUGAUGGAAGGUACAAAGUACCCAGAGAUUUGGUUGAUCUAUUGAGGAAUAUUUUCAAUUUUUGGUACUUAUUAAGUACAAGGAAGUUUGGAAACAGAAAAAUACCAACAUGGUUAAACCAACUGUACCAGGAAAAAUAAAAAAACUUUUAGAUUGUAAAAUCAUGUUUUGUUUAAAAGACAAUUAAGUUGGUAUGUUGGAGACAUUAAAAUGGGCAGACCAACAAGGUAAAUAAAGAUUGU